GUGGCCAAAUGUUUUGGGAAGUCGACUGCCAGGUGAAUUCGGAUGCGUUUUUUAGAAACAACUUCCGAAUGAAGUGGUAUUCUUAAAUUGUGCAUUAUGUUGAAAGGUUUGGAGAAGGAAAAUACCAACUACCGCAAAGCAAUUCCAUUAGAGAAACGCAUUGCUAUUGCUUUAUAUGCUCUUGGCUCUUCUGCAGAAUAUCGAACAAUUGGAAAUAUGUUCGGAAUUGGUAAAAGCACUGUCUGCUCCAUUCUAAUUGAUUUCUGUCAUGAAGUCUGGCGUUGUUUGUGGCCUUUGUAUUUGAAGAAAUUCCCAAUGAACGAAAUUCAAUUGCGCGAAUAUUUAAAUGGUUUUGAGUCAUUGGGUUUCCCUCAAGUGUUAGGAGCUAUAGAUGGUUGUCAUAUAGAAGUUCGUCCAGCUGCAGAAGAUGCUGUUGACUACUACAAUUACAAAGGCUGGCAGUUCUUUUGGUUUUAG